AUGAGUUCUAAGGGUGAUUCUGAGUUGGAUAAAUCUGGUCAAAGGUAUAUACUGUGCUUCCUUACUAAUUUUGAUGUUUUAAGUCGCAAAAUGUAUAUAUCUCGUGGUUUAAAGUGGGCGCCUUUGACCCGCUGAUCGAUUAUAAAUAUCUGUUCCCUAGUUUACUUAUAUAAGCAACCGAGUCUUUGAAUAUUUUACUAAGUUAUUUUAUUUUGGGAUUUGAAAAAGUAUGUGUUUCAAAGCAGAUCUACACUCGUCCAUAAAUUUUUAUCCUGUGUCAUGCAAGCGUACUUGCUUACUGAGAUUACCCUUAGUAACAUGUGAGAAUUUCACCUAGCAACGGUUGCAUUUAAGUUCUCAUAUUAGACGCCUUUUCCAAGUGUUAUAAGGUGGUGUGAGCUAUGUAUUGUAUCAUUUUUUUUUUCAUGUCCAUGUUGGUGUCUCUUCUGCUUCAGACAGCUGCUUGACUCUAACCCAAAAUGCAUUGCAUUGUUCCAGAAAAUAUCCAUAAUCUUCCACUGGAGGACUGUUUGACUUAAAUAGCCCACUACCUUCUGGAAAUUACAUUUUUAAAGUACACAGCUGAGUUGUCAAAGUAAGCGGCCAGUCCUGGGAUAUUUUAUUUAAAAAUCACCAUCCAUAAAGAAAUGUGAAGGAGAGUAGCCGGCCGAUAGUAACAAAGUAGGUGGCAAUUUUUGCCGGCAGCCAGCUACUUUUGACAACCCUGAUUUAAGACCCUCCAACCCCCAACCCCCUUGGGUUUCGCAAUGUCCCCAUAUGGGGUUGGUAUGGAUAUUUUCUAGCCUGCAUAGCAGGCGCUAGGAAGUAAAUGGGCACAGGGUUUUUCUUGUGCCCAUUUAUUUCCAAGCGCCUGCUACGCAGGCUAGAUAUUCUCUGGAAUGAUGCAUUCUUCUCACUGAAGCAGUUAAUCUUGAACUGAUCUGAACAAGGAUGCAUUUUUUGUGGAUAAAAAAAAAUUAACACAGAGAGGCAGUGACAAAACUUAGUAACAAGACCUGGAACACAGUAACAACAAAAUUUGGACUGCGACACACAAAUACAGGUCAAUAAAUUUAUACGGGCCUUUACACCAGCAGUUAUAGACAACAACAAAACUUUGUGACAAGAAGUGGAUUUUUUUUAUUCGCAACAAUAAUCCUGCAAUAUUUUCCUAAGUUUCAGUUUACUUGAGUUGACUCAUGCAGGUCUGUUACAUGAAUCUGGUGCACAAUUUGACCCACAUAAACCUUUUACUCUUUCCAUUCUCACUGUUUGUUUUCAUUUUCAAUUUUUAGGGACGAUGAAGAAUCUCCUGAGAAGGGUGUUUGGCUCAAUGCUCAUCAGGAUCCAAUGGCAUCCUUGUACACGUUCUCCACAUCAGUCGCCUUAGCUGAUCUAAAUGCAGAUUCAGAUUACAAACUCCUUGUAGCAGACCUAGGCACUGGUACAUUUGACAUGAAGCUGAAGGUCUUCAAAGGGACAACCUUGUUCAUGGAGAGUGCUAUUAUUGAUCUACCAACAGCCCUGGUAUCCUUCUACAUGGAUACAAACGAUCCCCGUACCCCUGCUGUUGCCGUGGCAUCUGGUCCAUUUAUUUAUGUGUACAAGAAUUUGAGGCCUUAUUUCAAGUUCACUUUACCACCACUGGAAGUCAAUGCUGUAGAGCAAGACCUGUGGAACCAGGCUAAAGAUGACAAAAUCGAUGUCCUUGUGCUCAGGGAGAUGUUGGAAAGUUUGAAAAAUGAAGGAAGCGAGGGUCGACUUACAGUUCGCUCUCUGAAGCUUCUUUCUCUGGAACCAGAAGAGCUAGAAGCUUUUGCCAGUGUCCACAAACAUGCACCACUGAAGCGGCAAACUGUGAUCACUUGCAUGGGAACAAUGAAAAAGAGUGUUGCAGAUGACGAUGCUGUUAGCUGUCUGGUGAUUGGCACUGAAAGUAAAGAUGUCUUCAUUUUGGAUCCUGAAGCCUUCACCGUUCUUGCAAAAAUGGACUUACCAAGUGUGCCUGUGUUCAUCUCAGUUAAUGGCCUCUUUGAUGUUGAGUAUCGCAUUGUUGUUGCUUGUCGUGAUGGCAAGGUUUACACAUUAAAAAGAGGCAGUAAGAUGGCUAAAGCUUGCAUUGAGCUGGGAGCACAGGCAGUUGGUUUGGAACGCACUGGUAAAAGCAUUAUAGUUGGCUGUAUGAAUGACACAUUGGUGUGUUACUCGACUAAAGGGAAGAAACUAUGGACAGUUUAUCUCCCUAGCAACAUCACAACAAUGAGUCUGAUGGAUCACAAAGCCAGGGGAUUCAAGGCAGUCAUGGUUGCUUUGAGUAAUGGUGAAGUCAGAAUUUACAAGGAGAAGUAUCUUGUCAAUACAUUGAAAAUGCCAGAUGCUGUCACUGCUAUGAAGUUUGGCCGCUUUGGUCGUGAGGACAGUGCCUUGAUUUUGGUUACCAAAGGUGGCGGGCUUUUUGUGAAAAUCUUAAAAAGAACUGCAAACUUUGAAGGGAAGGACUUGACUCCAGGCCCACCCCCAGCACAAUCCAUCAAGCUCAAUGUCCCAAAGAAAACAAAGCUCUUUGUUGAUCAGACCUUGCGUGAGCGUGACAGCGCCAGUAGCAUGCACAGAAUGUUUCAGCAUGAUUUGUAUUUGCUCCGUCUGAUGUCUGCAAGAUCCUACGUCAGCGCAUUAAAAAAGAGCUUAAACCCCAUUUCAUCUUCUACCACAGAACCAUUAAAACUCUCAGCACAAGUUCAUGGCAUUGGCCCAGCCUUCAAGCUCACAGUAAACCUGCAGAAUAUUUCAUCCAGUGUGCCGUCAACAAACCUGCUCAUCACUUUUCAGUUUGAUGACUCACUGUAUGCGCUGUCAAAGCCUUGCAUUACUGUUCCUCUGCUUGUUCCAGGGUUGAUGUAUACAUAUGAAACUCUGGUAGAAUGCAUCAGCGAUAAGGGCAUUUCAGAUUCUAUCAAANAGAGCUUAAACCCCAUUUCAUCUUCUACCACAGAACCAUUAAAACUCUCAGCACAAGUUCAUGGCAUUGGCCCAGCCUUCAAGCUCACAGUAAACCUGCAGAAUAUUUCAUCCAGUGUGCCGUCAACAAACCUGCUCAUCACUUUUCAGUUUGAUGACUCACUGUAUGCGCUGUCAAAGCCUUGCAUUACUGUUCCUCUGCUUGUUCCAGGGUUGAUGUAUACAUAUGAAACUCUGGUAGAAUGCAUCAGCGAUAAGGGCAUUUCAGAUUCUAUCAAAGUGUUUGUCUUACAUCAAGGUAACAGUGUUCCUGUUAUCACGGCUGUCAUCAACAUGCCAGUGAGUGAAGCAUUAGUCAUUGUGUAA